AUGAAGAAGAUAACGGCAUUCAUCGUAUUUCUUGUCUUUCUUGCAUGCAAUGUGCUUGCAGACACAGUCACUAUUACAACGCCAUCGGUUACGACAACCGCGACUGUGACGGGAACGCUCUCGACUUCAUCAAGCUCUGCGUCGUCUUCAUACACAACUUACACGACUACGUCUGACGGAAACGUGCAGACGGUAACGUCGUCAGCAGGCUCAUCUAGCACCAAUUCCCCUUCUUCGGGUGCACAAUCAAUGAUCAACCUGCCAUUUUGGAUCACUAUGUUACGUGGCAUACUACCACGAAACCGCUGA